AGUGUUUGUGUGUAGCUAGCUACGUAAAUAUGGCUGUCGGAAAGUGAGACGCAAAUGACAAUAAGCCCGCCUGAUCCGAAAACCACGUCUACAGGGGACCGAAAAGGACACAUAAAUUAUAAACCAACAUGUCUCGGCACAGAAAUGUCCGAGGCUGCAACCACGAUGAAGGCAAGCUGUACUCCUGUCUGGACCAGAUGCGUGAGGUGCUGGGUGACACAGUGCCAGAGUCUGUCCUUACCCAGGUUGCCUUGCAGUGCGCCUUCGACCCCGAGAGAGCCCUGGACACCAUCCUAUCAGGCGAGAGCACCGGUGCUCCGCCCCGGUCCGCUAAGACCCAUCAGGACGCACCACUGCCCCAGGGAGCCAAUAAGGAAGGACCACUGCCUCAGGGAGCCAAUAAGGACGUGGCAGCUGCACCAAGAUCCAAUCAGGAGGCAUCAGCCACCCCACAACCAAAGAAAGGAGCCUGCCUAUCCAACUCUGACACUGUACUCACACCAACACACACACCAGCUCUAUGUCCACCUACCGAUCCUCUGAACCUUAGUGACCUCCGAGCGCGGCCUGUGAAAGGUCGUUGUCAUGACACUCACAACCUCUCCACUUCGACUCUGAAUUUCGCGGCGGGUUCCGCAAGGCCCUUGGCGACGGUUGCCGAGGCGGGGAGCAGCAGCAGCCUGGCCCAGUUGAUGUCUGAGCAUGUUCAGAAGAGUCAGAGGGCGGGACUCCCCUCACUGUCCUCAUCUACUCUGGCUGUUCUUUCUGGCCUCUCAUUGGGCACUCUAGCGUUGUUAAACUCCAACUCCGCCCCCAUUGCUACAAGUCCCCCCAACCACCUUGCCUCCUCUUUGGGUAGCUUGUCCUUAGGCAACCCCAAACUGACAGCUCCGGGUGCCAAUAUGGCCCCUCCCUCCUUCGGCAGCCUGAGCUCCGUCCUCCAGAGCAGCCGACCAAUGGAGAUAGCCACUGGGGGAGGGGCUAAGGGGGCGGAUCCCAAAGGAAGCCCGUCAUUGGCUGAGCUGAUCCAGGAACAUUCCAACAGCAGCCCCACCCUCUACAGAACACUCCCCGGUCUCCACGGGAACAGCUCAAUCCCCAUUGCCCACGGCAACACAGCUCAGACCGCCGUCGGACCAGCGCCAGCUCUCACACGCUCCCUGUCCCAGCUCCCACAACCCCCAGGACUUCUGAACACACACUGUUCCCCCCAGACCCAGAUCACAACAACACCAGAACCUCCCGUCCUCCCUCUGUCUCUGUUGGCCUCUCACCGUCAGCCAGUAAGCACGGUGCCAGCAGCAGACCCAGACGGACAGGUAGUACCACCUCCUGGCCUACUGGGGGAGCUCUCUCCACUAGCCUCUCAGCAACACAACAGAACUUCCUCCGACACCCCACCAUCACUCUCCCUCGCCGCGCUCCUGUCACCAGGGAAACCACGGCCAAGAAGUAGCCAAGAGGGUGGAGUCAGAGACAAACCCCGCCCCCUUUUGUCACCCACUCCCCUGAGUCUCCGCCCACCAUGGGGUGAUCAGAGUGGUGAUCUAAGCGUGCUCAUGGCCCAGUCGUCCCACGGUGGAGUGUUGUUCGCACGUCGCCAUGACAAAGGCCUCUCCUCGCCGUCCGCGGUCGCCUUGAGGUCAGACCACCACCGCCACGGUUCCUCUGUGUUCGCUCGACCGUCCGUCUUCGCCCUGACCCUGUCGGUGCGUGCGCCCAGCCGGGGGAAGAGGAGGAGGAGGAUGAUGAUGAUGAAGGAGGCUGUGGGAGAUCUGAGGUUAGAGGUCGGAGGAGGAGGAGGUCACCCGGCGUUUCUGUACGGAGCACAGACCCAGCUGGUCAAAGCUAAAGAACAGACGCCCCUCUUACCCAUAACCCCUUUCACCUUCGACACGCCCUCCCCCGACGACGUCGUACGAGCCAAUCAGAAGAAGGCCUUCACCCGCGAGUAAAGGUCACUAAGGAAGUGGACUGACUGUUGCUAGGCUACACCCCAAAUGGCACCCUACAUUACUUUGGUCUCUGUUUUAAAAGUAGUGCACUGUUCAGGGAAUAGGGUGCCAUUUGAGGCGUAACCAAGGUGAUUAAAGAACAACAAGGAGGUUUUAUAAAAGAAAGGGAUUUAAAAAUAUAUAUAUAUUUUAACUGCUGUUUUUAAAGUUAUCUGAGAGUUGUAUUAAGAAAUGUGAAAGUGUUUUUUUUGUUUUACUGUAGGCGAGGUAAGAUUUUGCUCCCAUUUUUAUUUGGAUAGUUCAGACAGCCUAUCCUAUCUAUAGCAUGAGGGUUAGAGGUGAGGGUUAGAGGUGAGGGUUAGAGGUGAGGGUUAGAGGUGAGGGUUAGAGGUGAGGGUUAGGGAUAGUUCAGACAGCCUAUCCUAUCUAUAGCAUGAGGGUUAGAGGUGAGGGUUAGAGGUGAGGGUUAGAGGUGAGGGUUAGGGAUAGUUCAGACAGCCUAUCUUAUCUAUAGCAUGACCGUCUACAGAUGGACUAUCAACAAAACUCUUUGUUGAUAAACAACUGCUUGCUAAGGUUACGGUUAGGAUUAGAAUAAGGGUUAGGGUUAGAAUAAGGGUUAGGGUUAGAAUAAGGGUUAGGGUUAGAAUAAGGGUUAGGAUAAGGGUUAGAAUAAGGGUUAAGAUUAGAAUAAGGGUUAGGAUAAGGGUUAGGAUUAGAAUAAGGGUGAGGGUUAGGGGUUGAGGUGAGGGCUAGGGGUGAGGGUUAGGUUAGAGGUGAGGGUUAGGUUAGGGGUUAGGGUUAGAGGUGAGGGUUAGGGGUGAGGGUUAGGUUAGAGGUGAGGGUUGGGCUAAGGGUUAGGGUUAGUAGAUAGUUGCCAUGUUACUAUCCUAAUGAAGUGUUACCAGGGUUAGGGGUGAGGGUUAGGUUAGGGGUGAGGGUUAGGUUAGAGGUGAGGGUUAGGCUAGGGGUGAGGGUUCGGCUAGAGGUGAGGGUUAGGCUAGGGGUGAGGGUUCGGCUAGAGGUGAGGGCUAGGGGUGAGGGUUAGUAGGUAGUUGCCAUGUUACUAUCCAAAGGAAAUGUUACCAGGAGGUUUUGUACAUAUUCUACUUUUGAUUGGUCUGUUUUUUUGGCUGAUAACAUUGUAUUGUAUUUUGUAUGAUUCUGACAUGUUUAAGGUGAAUCUCUCUUCCUUUUUGUUGUUGCAGUGUCUCUUUUCUAGAAAGAUGAGAAGUCCCUUCAUUUUUAGAAAGAAAGAAAGGGGUUAGUGUGUCUGCAGGUGUGCAGCUGCUAUUGGAAAUAUGGAUCAGUUAACCAUUGUUCUGGUUCACCACUGGUGUGUGUGUGUGUGUGUGUGUGUGUGUGCAGGGGGGAUAUAUUUGAGUUUUAGAGGACACCUGGAGUUUUUCCCACGUAUGAGCACACACACACACACACACACACACACACACACACACACACACACACGAAUAGCUUUAAUGGUUUGCUAAAUACAAGGUAUUUUAAGUUAAGAGCAGGAUCUUCAGUAUGCCGUGACCGCACUAAUGAAAUAAAAACGAAUAUCUGAA